AUGACGUUACUUUAUCAAUAUGAGUUCUGGGCAGCACUGGUCCUCGGACUGCUGGCUUUGCGCACAGUGAAUCACCUCUACUUCCACCCGUUGUCCAAAUUCCCCGGCCCAAAGCUCGCUGCCGCUACAUUUCUCUACGAGUUCUAUUAUGAUGUCGUGAAGGGGGGCAUGUACAUCUGGGAGGUUGAGCGUAUGCACGAGAAAUAUGGCCCGAUCGUCCGUAUCAACCCAAGAGAACUCCACAUCAAAGACCCAUCCUACUACGAAGAGAUCCACGCCGGCCCCUCUCGCAAACGCUCAAAGGACGUCAAGUACGCCAUAGCUUUCGGAGCCCCAUCCUCCCUAGUAGGCACAAUCAGCCACGAUCACCACCGUUUCCGCCGCAGUCUGCUCAGCAACUAUUUCUCCAAACGCUCCGUGGUGGACCUUGGAGCUUCGAUUCAUGAGAAGGUUGACAAGCUCAUCAGCCGUUUUGAAAAGGCUUAUGGAUCUGGCUCGGUCCUUAUUUUACAACUCGAUUUUGCCGCUCUAACAGCCGAUAUCAUCACAGACUACUGCUAUGGUUGGAAUCAUGGAUACUUGGACGAUGAUCAGCCAGCACGCAGCAACGAUCUCGUUGACGCGGUCAACGGCUUGAUGGUCAUGUUUCAUAUCAACCGCUUUUUUCCAUUUUUGAUACAGAUCUUCCUCAAUGCGCCUCCUGUCGUCGUGCGUUGGCUUCAGCCCCACAUGGCUGACCUCUUCGAAUUCAAAGCUCGGCUGCGAAAGCAGGCUCAUGAUACGCUACAGAAACAGGAAUUGGAGAAGGUCAAGACGGAGGGUCGGUCAAAUAUCUUCGAUGCAUUGACGAGUCUGGACGUCCCUGCACAUGAGAGAACACUUGAUCGACUGGAGGACGAGUCCGCGCUACUUCUUGGUGCCGGUACGGAGACAACCGCAAGGGCCAUCACUGUUUCUAUGUUCCAUCUUCUUCAUAACAGAGACAUCAUUGGGAAGCUGCGGGCGGAAUUGGGAACUGUGCUAAAAACGCCACAGUCUAAGGCUUCGUGGUUGGAGUUGGAGAAGUUGCCGUAUUUGACAGGUGUUGUGAAUGAGGGACUCCGCCUCAGUCACGGCAUGACAUUGCGAUUGGCACGCAUAUCACCAAAUGAGCCUAUGUUCUACAAAGACUGGACAAUUCCUAUGGGUACACCGGUCAGCCAGUCCAACUACUUUGUGCACAUGGACCCCACACUCUUCCCCGAGCCCGCGAAGUUCGACCCCGAACGCUGGGUGAGUGCCGCCAAAAACGGCGAGUAUCUCAAUCGGUACAUUGUUUCUUUCACCAAAGGUACCAGACAAUGUCUGGGAAUGAACUUGGCAUACGCAGAGAUAUAUCUCGCCAUCGCGCAUAUUGUGCGUCGCAUUGAUUUCGCAUUGUACGAAACGACCGUCGAGAAUAUCUCUGUUUAUCGCGACAAGGCUAUCGGAUGCCCCAAGGUUGGCCUUUUUGGUGUUCGGGCUACCGUCACUUCUAUCAUUGAAGAAUGA